AUGCUUCCAUCUCCACGAUGUAACAGCUCUGGCCACUACGGCACUGCAUUUUACCCUGCUUCGUGGCUUUCUCAAACCUAUCAUCCUCCGCAGACGUCAUGGGAUGAUGACACGUCGAUCGAGAACAGAGGAGCCUACUACGGUUCCUACUACGGUUCCUACUGCGGUUCCUACUACGGUUCCUACUACGGUUCCUACUACGGUUCCUACUACGAGUCUACCAGGCAUGAGAAGGCGUCGCCAUUAAGCCAGGAGCCUCGCCGAUCAGCCCGUAGUCGUCGGCCCUCUUUGCCAACCCGCAAAAACGCUGCCCCUGGCGGCUCCGACAAACACAAAAGGUCUUCGUCGAGACAACACGAAUCGUACUCUCGACCGCAAGCCCCUCCCCCAGAACACAAGCAUCGUCCGGCUACUCAAGAGGACGCCAAGAAGCACCAAAUCCCAGAGGGCUACUCACUAUCUCACUGGGAUCCCCUCGAAAUUCCCAUCAUCUUGGCCGGUAGCGUUUUCGACGCCAACUCCCUGGGCAAGUGGAUUUACGAUUGGGUCGCCCACGUCCACUCUGGACCUGAGGGUCGUGAAAUGAUUGGCAUUGCUGGCGAGCUAUGGCUGCUUCUUAUCCAGAUCUCGGGCAAGAUUAAACGUGCCAGCGAAGUCAUGCCGGAUAUCCGAACUCUGGAGAACAGGGAGAUGGUUGAUGAUUUUAUCGAAUCGGGUGAGCGCCUUAACGACAAGCUGCGCCGCCUCCUCAAGCGUUGUGAGGACCGCAUGUUAAACUCUAAAAACACCAAGGGCAAGCUCUGCACUAAUGCUGGUGUCAGGUUUAUCGACACAUUGCUGGGGCGCGACUACGAGCUGGGCAAUACGGAAAAUUUCAUGUCCUCUGUCCGCCUUUGGAACCUUAGGUUCGAUGCCAACUGCAAAUAUAUCCUGGAUCGCCCAGAAAUGGGACAUGGGCCGGGCAAACGGCCAACCGGAGGUCUUUUUUAUCGAAGUAAUCGAGCUAGCCAUGGUGGCAAGCAACACUGA